AUGUCAAAUUUCUUUUCCUAUAUUUUCAAACUCCAUAAUGCGUACCGUAUAUGGUAUAUGUGCUCUGCGCCUGUCUAGCCCGAAAGCUUUCUUUUUCCCGCGUACGUAGCUUUGCUGCCGUCGUCCAGACGUCCACGAUCGCCGGCAACCUGUCACCGGAGUAAGCAAGCCUUUAUUAUACUCUACAAUCAUCAACAAGCAUUUUACGCAUUCGAUAUCCAGCGUGUCACGACCGUGUGCUUGUGUUAGAUAUAAGUGCUUCCUUUGUCUUUCACUCCAGAGCAAGUACUAGUCUAUGGUGAUGAGCCAAUUUCUUGCUAUUCUCUUCUGUUUCUCUUUGCAUAUUAUCAUUGCAGUCUCUGAUUCUGGACAUGAGUGGAGCAAGAUAGGUUCGCAUGAAGCCAGUGGAGAUAGAAACAUCACCACAAAUAUGAAGCAGCAGAAUCCAAAUUUCAGCAACAGAAAAAUCCUUCCACGUGGGGAGUGUGCAGCAAAGGAUUUGAGCAUUUCACAAAGCACAUAUUCAACAACAGGGAUCCCACAAUAUGUAGUGGAGAUACUCAACACAUGCACGUCAUCAGCUGGUUGUGCCCCAUCCAACAUCCACCUCAACUGUGGCUGGUUUGCCUCUGCUAGAUUAGUGAACCCAAACGCAUUUAAGAGGCUGUCUUACGAUGAUUGCUUGGUGAAUGGAGGAAAGGCUAUGAAGGCCAACCAGUUGAUCCGCUUCACCUACUCAAACACAUUCAAGUACCCUCUCUCCCUCAAGUCUGCCAAAUUCUGCUGAUGAUUUGCUUCAGUUUUGGUAGCUUUUUCUGUUGUUGGGGAGUAAUAAACAUGUACGCGUAUACAACUUUACUUUGUUAUAUUUAGGUAUUUAGGUAUAAACAUGUACGCAGUUCACAAAUACAACGAGAAGUGUGGUCAUCUUUUCCCGCUUAUACAAACAUAUCAGCCAACUUUUUCAUCAAACAGAUAAUUUUUUAUUUCACUCGCUAAAUUAAGUAAU